AUGACUGCUGUGCGUCGCUCAACUAGAAUAAGGACUAAAUCUCAAGUUAUUGAGGAAGAUUACGAUGACGAGCAAAACACCAGCGCACAACACGUAGAAUCUGAUAAGAUCACUGCCAAAACGCAACAUGAAGAAGAAGAAGAGCAAGAUACUGGUGAAAGUGAAGAAAGUAGUAGUGAGGAUGACUAUGAAGACCAGGAUGAUGAUGACUACGUAGAUACCGCUACGGCAAAGAGAAAGUCUAGAAAGAGAAAGCCCAAAUCAGCAUCAAAUACCAGUAGUAAAAGGCAGAAGAAAAAACCUACUUCUGCCCAGAAGUCGGCGGUAUCUCAUGCGCCUGCUUAUCACCGCUCUAAAAAAGAUCAGGAUCAAUACUUAGAAAUUGCGAAGGAUUUCCAACCUACAGAAUUGUUUGAUAUAUUAUCCACUUCAGAAGAUGUUUCUAUUGAAGAACUAUUGCGAGAAUGGUUAGAAACCUAUUCUGAAAAUAGAGAUAAAUUUUUACAAGAAUUUAUCAAUUUGCUAUUGAAUUGUUGUGGCUCCGUCGCUCGCGUCGAAGACCACGACGUUCACAGCAAUGAAUCUUCUAACGAAACGAUUGGUGAAAUUCAGUUGCUAUUUCAAAGACAGAAACUGCACGAAUUUUACCUCUUGAUUAGCAAGGAAAACAAAAAGAGAAAAAACUUUAAAAUGGGUCCCCUUUAUCAAAAUUUCGCGGAAUUCAUGACUAAAUUGUUGGAAGUGGCAAAUGACUUACAAUUACUAUACGUGGAAUCGGACGAAGAUGAUACCCAAAUAGUUACUGGUAAUCUUGUGUUGGAUUUGUUGACUUGGCUGUCUUCUUUUUCAGUUUGCAAAAUCAGAUGCUUCAGAUACAUUUCUACGCUAACGCUAUAUCUUUUCCAGGACUAUUUGACCCAACAGGCUGUUAAUUUAGAAAAGAAUUAUUUGGCGAAGUUAUCCAAGCAGUUAUCACUAGAAGAGAAGAAAAAAAGGCCCAAUAACAAGACUUUAGAAAAGCUAGAGAGCACUAUCGCCGAAACUCAAGGCAGCAAAGUCGUUAUUGAUAGCAUUAUCGAUAACAUCGUCAAACUAUGUUUUGUGCAUAGGUAUAAGGACGUGUCUGAUUUGAUUCGUUCAGAAUCCAUGUUGCAUCUAUCCAUCUGGAUUAAAAACUAUCCCGAAUAUUUCCUCAAGGUUACAUUUUUAAAAUAUUUUGGCUGGCUGCUGAGCGAUAACUCUGUAUCAGUCAGAUUACAAGUUACGAAGAUUUUACCGCAUUUAAUAAUCCAAAAUCAUAACAGUAAAUCCACUGAUAAUUCCGCUAUACGCCAAGUAUUUGAACGCUUCAAAACUAAGAUCCUGGAAGUGGCAAUCCGUGACGUUAAUCUUGAUGUAAGGAUCCAUAGUAUCCAAGUUCUAACGGAGGCGUCAUCAUUGGGCUAUUUAGAUGAUUCUGAGAUUCUUAUCAUUUCUAGUUUAAUGUUCGAUGAAGAGUUCGACCCAUUUAAAACAUCCUCAUUCAAUAAAAGAUCCAAAUUUCUAUCCACGGUGGCCAAAUUCUUAGCAAGAGUAAUAAAAGAGAAAUUUGACGAAUUCAUCAAGACGCAUGAAGACUUGCCCAAAGAAGUCGACGGGUUAGAAGUUGGACCCGUUGUUCAAGUCGGUAUAUUUAUCAAGAUUCUGAAUGACUCUUUAAUUUAUCACUUGAAGGAUUGCGCUGAAGUUGAUUCAAGGACAAAGAUCCGUAUGCUAACACAAGCAGCAGAGUUUUUGUCUCCUUACAUUUCCACUCACUUGAAAACUAUUUGCAAUCUGCUGAUCUCUGACACUGAAUCAAAUGAACUGAUCCAAAAGUUACAAAACUCGGCCAAUAAUAACAGCGAUGACGAGGAUGUUGACGAUGAGGAAUUGGACAUCACUCCAUUGUUUCCCAUUGACAGAAAUAGCACUAUUUUAUAUCUGAACGUAUUCCACGGUCUGUGUGCAGGUGCCAACAACCCCAAAAUCCAAACUAAGGACAGCGUUAAGGAAAUAGUUUUGCCUUUAUUCUACGAUUUGUUGAAUGCCGCAUCCAUCGAAUCUGCUGAUAUUCUGUGUCCUCUCCUAGAGAGCUUUAUCACAUUUUCUCUGGAUGAUUGGAUAUCUAUUGGAUAUGAAACUGAAUUAAAAAAAAUUACCGACAAAACUAUUAAAGCAUUUAUGGAUUCUACAAUCGGGAAUUCAAAAGUUGACAUGAAGUACGAUAUAUUUGCUAAAUUCAUUCACCAUAUCCAUCAUUUUGAAAAAAAGGAACUGCAGGAAAAAUUUUUAAACCAGAUAGCUACAUUGAAAAUUCAUUUAAAAAAAUUUCUACAGGAAAAAAUGGAUCCAAAUAAUUCUAGGGACGACUACAAAGAUUUAACUUGUUCUUUGUACGAGCUCUACAUCAAUAAACUGACAAUUCUUGGCAGGGAUUACCCAAUCGAGGUUGAUGAAGAGUUGUUGCAACUGUUUUUGAACAAUUUUGUUUCCCGUAUCCCUAUAAUGUUUCAAGAUUUUGAUGAUAGUACCGCUCAAGAAAUAAACUUUAAAAUGCUAGUGUUAUUAGCCACAUGGAAUCUGGAAAAAUGGAGAGAAAUAAUAGAGAAAGUAAGGGAUUACGAGAAUUCUAUUUCAAAAGAUCUUAGAUCAGUUUGGAAACCAAUUGCCGCUAUAAUAGGUCGUCUAAACACACUCGUUAUUUCAUUGGCGGCUACAAACGAAACAUUUGAAAACAUAAACAGCUUGUUUUACUUAAAAUGGUCAGCUUGCACUUCAUUAAUGGAUAUAAUCGUUGCAAUAAAAAUAUUUGAGCUCAAAUUGCCUGCAGACGCUACAACAUGGAGAUAUAGUAUGAGUGAACAAUUUCCAUUUUACCUUCACGAUAAUGCUUCCAAAGUGCUUUUGAAAAUAUUUUUAUAUUUGGAGAGUCUUUUCGCUAAGCAAGUUGACGUCCAAUUAGAAAGGGUAGCAGAUGAAGACGCCAACCUAAAUGAUUUGCCGGAAACCGGGUUUUUCGAGAAUAUUGAAACUGAAUUCCUUUUAUUCACAGUUAAAUUGAAGGGACUAAUGAAACUGAAUAUUUUAGAUGAACGAUUUGCUUCCCGUGUGGCACUAAACAAAGAAAAGCUUGGCCCGCUGUUCAAAAAAAUCGUAGAUGAUACCAUAAUGGAAAAUCCAGAACCUAAUAAAAAGAACAUACAGAAAGCAAAAUCAAAUCAAACACAGAGGGAAAAAGCGCCUUUACAACCCAACAGUGAACGAGAAACCGACCAUGCAAAUACUGAAAAUAAUGAUCCAGAUAUUCCCAUGACAAUCGAUCUAGAACCUAUUGAAGAAAGUUCGCAAAAUAAUUCAGAGUUAGCACCAAUUGAGGAACACCCAACCGUGGUAGAUGCUAUAGACAACAGCGACGAAAUCACACAAGAUUAA